UUUUAUUGUUGGUCACGCAUCGAUUCAAAGCUGCUACUGAUUGUUCAGAUCCGUACCCGACCCGAGCUCGCAUUUAUUUUUAAUGAACGCUCAAGCACAUACGUACCACGAAAUUUAUCGUGGAUCAAAAUAACAGUUAAUUCGAAUGAGUUUCAGAUACGCGGAAUAUUGCCGAUACGGUGGUGGCGCUAACGAGCUUUCUCUCUUUGAAUUCAAAUGACAGUUUCUGCGCGUCGUGCUGCCAGAAACAGCAGAUAAGGCAGAUAACUUAUCAAUUUCGAUUGUUCAAUAACAUAUAACGAAGUAGUUUCUCCUUGCAAGAUCCAAAUGUUCGAGAAAAUGACAGCCGAUGAGAUACCUUUUUUUUCAGCAGCAUGCAACGGAACAUGCGUUACGUAUUACCUGUGCGAAGGAAACAAGAUCAUUACCGACGGUACUGGUAUCAUUGACAUCCGCGUGGGAGAAGACUUCACGAGUGAAUGCCCUAGCUACUUGGAGGUGUGCUGUGAAAAGGAAAGCGUACUGGAUGAAACACCAGCAACGGCUACCAAGCCUCCUCGUCAGGCAAUCGAGUACACUUGCGGUGCACGCAAUGCUGACGGUUUAGGAUUCAGAAUAACCGGUAAUAAUAAUGGUGAAUCUGAGUACGGAGAGUUUCCAUGGAUGUUGGCGAUACUGCGAGAAGGUGAAGUCCUGGAAUCUGUUCUGACCGUGUUCGAAUGUGGCGGGUCGUUAAUUGCUCCAAAUGUUGUCCUGACGGCAGCCCACUGUGUUAAGAACCAACCGAAGGGAACGCUUCUGGUGCGUGGUGGAGAGUGGGAUACACAGAUAACACACGAGUUGCAUCCUCAUCAAGAUCGUCGGGUGCGAGAAGUUAUCACUCAUAGCCAGUUUCAGAAGGGCACACUAGCUAAUGAUGUUGCUCUUUUAAUUCUCGAUCAACCAUUCGAAUUAGCUGAGAACAUCCAACCCGUGUGCCUUCCACCCAAGAACUUCAACUUUGAUGGAAGUAGCUGUUUUGCCUCGGGAUGGGGUAAGAAUCAUUUUGGCAAAGAAGGAAAAUAUCAAGUAAUUCUGAAAAAAGUUCAGUUACCGAUUGUACCGCAUAAUAGAUGUGACAAGGCUAUGCGAACGACUCGAUUGGGAAAUAGUUUCCGUUUGCAUAGAAGCUUCAUUUGCGCAGGAGGAAACAAGGACGAAGACACCUGUCGUGGUGAUGGGGGUUCUCCACUGGUUUGCCCAAUCCCUGACGUACCAACAAACUACUAUCAAGCCGGUAUCGUUUCCUGGGGUAUUGGUUGUGGUGAACAAGGAAUUCCUGGAGUCUACGCAAACGUUGCCAUGUUCAGAGACUGGAUUGACCAGCAAUUGUCCCAAUUCCAUGUUGAAAGCAAACAUUAUACUUAUACAUAAUAAUAAACAUCUUUAUUGAUGAAGUAGCGUUGUGAUGAAGUUCAGUGAACGAUAAUAAAUACGAA